CAUCGUCGUCGUCGUCUCUCUCGCUCUCUCAUACUGUAGUCGUGUUGGUUUGAGGCUGGCGAUAGUUCGACGGGGUUGUAUUUCAUUCGAUUGCACUCGUUGAUCGGGGUUGAUUGGCUGUCCGCGGGUGUUGCAAUUGCAUUCCUUGUCUAGUGAGGUGUCCGGAGUAGUGUAUUUCCCAGGGACUUGGUGAGGUUUUUGAAUGAGGUUUUGGUGUCUAGAGAUGCAGGAGUAGAAGUGCUUAGCGAUAUUAGGAGGAGCAGUUUGGUAUGUCUGAUUGAAAUCGUGAGUUGUAGCGUUGGUGUUCGCACUGCGUGCGUGGUUUUGCCUGAUGGCGUGGGGGGAGAAUGACGAUAGUGUUUCUGACCGGUGCAACCUAGCCUUCAGCUACUUUCGAUGAGAGGUUGGAGUUUCGGGGUGUGUUCUGGAAUCGAGAGGUAGUGAGUGGUAUGUGUUCGUAGUGCUGUGUGGACUUCGCCUCGUUUGAUGUCUCUUUUUUGGCUUGGUAUCUGUGUGGGGGAAUUCUUAUGCUGGUGAGGCAUUGGUGAAGAUUUGUAACAGUUAGUUUGCGAAGUUGUGAACGAGUUAGGGUCCUGACUUAAGAGGAUUCUUAGCCUCCUCGACGAAUGUUUCCGAGGCUCCUGUUUGAGAGCGUGAUGCGAGCCUCAUUUUGUCUUCAAACACUAUAAGCAUCUUCAAACUUUUGAUUGAUUUUGGCCUUCCUUCUUGAGUGAUCUCGAAGUGCCUCCGUUGCGCCAACUUCUCCUAUUUGGAAUUCCAUUCUGGGGGUAUAAUCGGUUUAGUCCUUCCUUUUAUUAGCCUCCACACCUUCAGCCAUUGACGGAGUAUUAUUAAUUUUAUCACGAGCUUACCUAUUCAUAUUUUGCAAGAGGUGAAGCUGAUGUUAUUAUGACGUUUUAUUGAGAGGUGCAACGUAUCCUCGUUUUCCCGUACUCAGCCGGAAGCGUAAGGUAUGCUGUAGGAAUCGAGCAUGUGUAACUAUUUAUCGGAAGAUUGCUCGUCUAUUUGCUUUUUGAGCGAUAUAAUAUUUUCCUUUGGAGACGGAGAUGAUAGACACCCUAGAAGUUGAGACGUAAAGGUUACAGCAUCUACUGAUUAAAAUCCUAUCGAGUUGUAGUCUUCAGUUGCUGUACAUCAGAAAUACGUCGGAGAGCAUGUUUCGUCCGGGAUUGAAUGGACGCUGCAGAGCCCGUUUAGGAACAGGGAUAGUGGCACACAAUAAUAGCGCGGAACUCAGGAAUGUGCAGAUCAGAGGGACAUCCGAAGGUACACAUCAUUGGCAACAUCAUACGCCUCUUUCUCUCGAGCGCUGUGCAACUGACGUAACCAUCAGAGCGAAAGGGGCCUCCAUUGGGGUUGGAGUACCAGGCAACCCUCGAAUGCAGCAAUCUGGGGCAAUGCUUGCAUCUGUGGCUUCAUUGUGCCCGGUCAAUGUCAAACAAUCUACGAGCAACCAUGCAUCAGACUCAUUGGUUCGCAACUCUGAAGAUAUGGAGUUCUCUGGUAACUCUGGUGAAUCUUCUGAAAGCUCAACCAUGUCUGAUGGAGACUCUGUAAAUAUUAAUGAUAGACAGCAUUUGCUGAGAAGUACGUCAGGGGCCUCACAGGCCACGAAGAUUGAAAUGGGAUCCAAAGGAAAGGGAUCAGAUGCACUUGCUUUGAGUGGAUCGAUGUUGGAGGAGAAUGAAGGCGAGAAUGAGGUCGACGAAGAUCUGAAGACCAUGCCCGAAAGUCCUACGAGAGUUUCAGACUCAGAUAUCCACUCGAUCCAAAGAGAACCAGAGUCAGCAGCAACAACUUGGACAGAUGACAAGCAUAGCUCAUUCUUGGAUUCCAUGGAGGCAACAUUUGUCAGGAGUUUGUAUAAUCAGCAGGGACUCGGCCAUUUGGGCAUCCAUGGGAAUUCAGCUCAAAUUGACGACUCUGAACAAGAUUGUGUAGAAUCUCGACCAGUAGAUGCUUAUGGCUGCUGCACAUCUCAUCCUACUGAGCUAUUCGAGUUAAUGCAAGGCGGACAACAGCAGUCAUAUUAUAGGCCACAUGGAAUUGAGCCACCUCCUGCUUCUGCUGUUUUUGCCAACCCUUGGGUUCGGCAUUUCAAGCAGAGAAUUAUGAGAUCUGAACAAGGACGUAAUCCUGUUACAAAAAAUUCAGUGGAAGUUGUUGUCGCCCCUAUCAAGGAAGUGCCUUCGGUUGUUGAUGCAAGCCAGAUGAAUUUGACUAAUGUUGAAAGGUAUCAGAACACGGUAGAAUUCACUGCAAUAGAUAAUGAUGUCGAAGACAAAGAGCAGAGUGGAGCUAGUGAUUUUGUUGACUGUAAAGAUACCCACAGUGGCGCUGAGGUCCCAGAGAUAGAGCAGGGUUUACGUUUAUGGCAAAGCCGUUUACACAAAGGUGGACAGGCGACAACCAAUCCCAGUAAUCGGAAAGACAUGCCGAGUUGGGUGCUGAAGAGGCCCUCAAACUUUGAGGUUGAAAAUGCUGACGUUUUCGUUACCAAGAGAAUUAAGUCGACGCAACAGGAGUUGGCACAAAAGGAUUUAGAGAUGCUUGAACAAUACGUGGCCAUGCAGCGGGCAGAAAACUUUCAAGCUGCUGCUGAUAAUUCUGAUGAAGCGUCUUUGGGAUACUUACGGAAGGCUGUUGAACCUUCUGACUACCAGGCUGGCCCGUCCUUGGUGAUUGCACACAAAGACACACGGAGAAUCGUGGGAAAGAGUGCAAUGGAUCAGGUAGUUCCCUUGCUGGGGCGAAUGGAUAGCUAUGAAAGCAAAAGCUCUUCGUCUUUCCCAGACCUGAACUCGCCAUUUCAUCUUUCCAUUGGAACUGUGUCCACAGGCAGUGAGUCUGGUUUGCUGGGUUAUGAGAAGAGAAACUUGCCAUCAGUACCAGACUUAAAUACGCCACUAGGCGUUUCUGUUGUGAAUACAUAUACAACCAAUCAACCGACCAUAGAUUUUACGAAGGAUGGAGAGGCAGUUGCAGCAGCAUGGUCUUCAAAGUCCCAAGCUGGAAGAGAAGAAGAAAGGCAUGAUCAUGAGUUUGGAGGCGCUUCAUGUCCUCCUUUUGGUCAGGGUCAGGGUGAUGACAAAAGCUUACUGGAUGGUUGCAAUGUUGGGGGAAUUGCGUGGACGGCUGGGAAGCAUGGUUUUGGAUAUGAAGAUGAUGAGCUCUCUCUAGAGCUUCAAACACAAGAUUUGGAAGCAGGCGAAGCACAUGAAUGCGAACCGCAAUUGUCACCAAUGUCAUUGUCAAAUUCCAAAACAUGGACAUGGGGCUUACGUGGAUUGCGUCGCCGUUUGCAUGACACUGCAGGACCUGCUCAACCAUCUCGCUCCUUACGGGAUGGUAUUCAUUUCAAUGACCCAGUUCUACUCAGGUCAUCUGGAUAGCAAGUAUAGCGAAUUAGAUCUUAGAGAAUUUUUGAAUGAUAUAGUUUGUCAUUUGGUACACCUAUUUUGUCUUUUGUAAUGAACUUCAUACAAAAUUCCUUUCGGCGCCUGAAUCAAGUUGUGUUGGAAAGGCUAUUGAGUGAUUUUAAAUGAAACUGAUUUGAUUAA